AUGUGGGCAGCCAAGAGCGUAACUGGCGUUGCAUUGCCCUUUGCGGCGAAUGCUUGUUUAGACAAAUUCGGUUCUAGUACGACCUUCAGAGCUUGGACUGUCACUACGUUGCUUACUAGCCUACUAUCUUUGCCGUUCAUGAAGCCUCGAAUCCCUGUCUCACCUUCUGCCUCAGCCCGUCGUCUGGACCUCAGGUUCCUCCGACUGGCCGCCUUCUGGACGCUCCAGGCAGGCAAUAUCAUCCAAAGCUUUGGAUAUUUCUUACCAUCCACGUAUCUGCCAUCUUAUCUGACCACAACAGUCGGCCUGUCAAGAACGAUGGGCACAAUGCUAGUCUCGCUCUUCAACGCGACUUCUAUUGUCGGUGGUAUCUGCAUGGGAAUGCUUUGUGAUCGUUUCGCAGUAUCGAAUAUUCUGCUUCUCUCCUCGAUAGGCUCAGCACUAUCCGUGUUCCUUCUGUGGGGCAUGGCAUCAUCUCCGGAGUCUGGAUCGCCUCAGACGGCUAUUGCUUUGCUCACUCUAUUCUCCAUCUUCUAUGGAUUCUUCGCGGGUGGUUUCAGUUCCACUUGGUCGGGUGUCAUCAAACAAAUUAAGCGCGACUCUUCCACGUCCUUGGAGACGGGUUUGGUCUUUGGUUUGCUUGCGGGAGGGCGGGGAAUUGGCAAUGUCAUCAGUGGUCCGCUGAGCACGGCGCUAAUCAAGCAGGGAUCGCUGAGUGGCUCGCAAACCGACAGCGCUAGAACAGGUUUUAGCACGCAGUAUGGGACUUUGAUUCUUUUCACUGGUAUCACGGCAGUUUUCGGAGCUUGGAGCUGGAUGUGGGGUUAUAUCAGCUCUGGGGUGCGCUGUGCGAGCCGCUAA